GUGGAGACUUGUACUCUACCUUCGGAGAAGGAGAGUAGUAUGGCUGAGGUGGUGGGGAGCUGUAGACGUAAGGCGGAGAGUAGUAUGGUGGAGGUGGUGGAGAGCUGUAGACGUAUGGCGGGUGUGGAGACUUGUAGUCAACUUUUGGAGAAAGAGAGUAGUAUGGUGGAGGAGAGUAGUAUGGUGGAGGUGGUGGAGAGCUGUAGACGUAUGGCGGGUGUGGAGACUUGUAGUCAACUUUUGGAGAAAGAGAGUAGUAUGGUGGAGGUUGUGGGGAGCUGUAGAC